AAGAUCCUGGGUAUGCGAUCCAGCUGUGCAGGUGCACGGUCCAGAGGGGAAGGGGCGGGGAAGUUGCUGGAAGGUGCCUUUUGAGCUGCAAGAGCUUGGCAGAGGACAGGGCUUCAGGUCAAUGCGAGGUCGCUGGAAGUACAGGCUCAGCUUCCUGGUCAGAGCUCCUCACCACCUGUCCCUUCUGUGGCCCGGACUGCGGAUACCUCAACGCUCAGUACUCUGUGCUCGGUCCAGACCCAGAGCCAUGGCUAACUUCUCUUCCUCCUGGGAAAUGCCCCUGGUGGCUGUGUGCCAGGUAACAUCCACACCAGACAAGCAGCAGAACUUUAAAGCUUGUGCUGAGCUGGUUCGAGAGGCUGCCCGAUUGGGUGCUUGCCUGGCUUUCCUGCCAGAGGCAUUUGACUUCAUUGCACGGGACCCUGCGGAGACUCUACACCUGUCUGAGCCGCUGGGAGGGGCACUUUUGGGAGAAUAUGCCCAGCUUGCCAGGGAAUGUGGACUCUGGCUGUCCUUGGGCGGUUUCCACGAGCGUGGCCACGACUGGGAGCAGACUCAGAAAAUCUACAAUUGCCACGUGCUCCUGGACAGCGAGGGUGAGACCUCCCAACGCUUUCGUUUGCCUCUCGCCAAGCUCUUCUGCCUAAACGAAGGGUCAGUAGUGGCCACUUACAGGAAGACACACCUGUGUGACGUGGAGAUUCCAGGGCAGGGGCCCAUGCGUGAGAGCAACUCCACCAUGCCCGGGCCCAGGCUCGAGCUGCCCGUCAGGACACCAGCGGGCCAGGUGGGUCUGGCUAUCUGCUACGACAUGCGGUUCCCUGAACUCUCUCUGGCACUGGCUCAGGCUGGAGCAGAAAUACUUACCUACCCCUCAGCUUUCGGAUCUGUGACAGGUCCGGCCCACUGGGAGGUGCUGCUGCGGGCCCGUGCCAUCGAAACCCAGUGCUACGUUGUGGCAGCAGCUCAGUGUGGACGCCAUCACGAGAAGAGAGCGAGUUACGGCCACAGCAUGGUGGUGGACCCCUGGGGAACGGUGGUGGCCCGCUGCUCUGAGGGACCAGGCCUCUGCCUUGCCCGAAUCGACCUUGGUUACCUGCGACAGCUGCGCCAACACCUGCCUGUGUUCCAGCACCGCAGGCCUGACCUCUAUGGCAACCUAGGUCGCCCCCUGUGAGCUGGCGCUGCUGCGUGGUGUAGGUGGGACGCAGGCGCACCGCCCCUCACUGGGAGGACCGUGACCCUUCUGAAGGAACGCAGGCUCAGCUUCUUGGGAAAGUAGGAAGUCACCUAAGCUCAGAUUUUAGUUUCAAAAAGGUGGAAUUUUAUACAGUCACUGUUUAUUUCAUGAAAACUGAAAUUAUGCUGAGGGCUGAGCAGCACUAGCAUUGAAAAAAAUAUAAUCAUCAUAAAGUCUG